AUGGCCCUGAAGAUGCUGCCGGCUGCCGGCUGCUUUGUCAAGGCCGCGCGCGCACCUCCUGCCCUCCGCCAUUCUCGGGAGAGUUUACUUGGCCACCAGGCCUCCUCGAGGAGCUUCUCAUUCAGAUACGACAUUCCCCCAUCGGCCAAGUAUGGGGGGCGGCACACGGUGACCAUGAUCCCCGGGGACGGCGUUGGGCCCGAACUCAUGCUGCACGUGAGGACCGUGUUCCGGCGCGCGAGCGUGCCCGUGGACUUCGAGGAGGUGCAGGUCAGCUCCGCCUCGCCGGAGGGCGACGUUCACGAUGCCAUCAUGGCGGUGCGCAGGAACCGGGUGGCCCUCAAGGGCAACAUCGAGACCGACUACAACUUGCCGCCGUCCCGCAAGUCCCUCAACAACGUGUUCCGCACCUCGCUCGACCUCUACGCCAAUGUCACCCACUUCAGGAGCCUGCCGGGCCUGGAGACGCUGCACAGGGACAUAGACAUCUUGGUGGUCCGGGAGAACACGGAGGGAGAGUACAGCAACCUGGAGUACGAGAGCGUGAAGGGCGUGAUCCAGAGCCUGAAGAUCAUCACGGCCGCCCGGUCUCGGCGCGUCGCCCGGUACGCCUUCCAGCUGGCCCGGGACCUGGGGCGCGGGAAGGUGACCGCUGUGCACAAGGCCAACAUCAUGAAGCUGGGCGACGGGCUCUUCCUCCAGUGCUGUAGGGAGGUGGCGUCCCGCUACCCCCAGAUCGCCUUCGAGACCAUGAUCGUGGACAACACCACCAUGCAGCUGGUGUCCCGGCCCCAGCAGUUCGAUGUCAUGGUGAUGCCCAAUCUUUAUGGCAACAUUGUCAACAGCAUCUGCACGGGGUUGGUUGGGGGGGCGGGCCUCGUGCCCGGUGCCAGCUAUGGCGCCACGUGCGCCGUGUUUGAGACGGCUGCCCAGCAGCUGGGCAAGCACAUAGCCAACAAGAACAAAGCCAACCCCACGGCCAUGCUGCUCACGGGCUGCUUGAUGCUGGACCACCUGAGGCUGCACGCCUGGGCCGCCUCCAUCCGCGCUGCCGUCUUGGCCGCGGUGAAGAACAGAGCCGUCCGCACUCUGGACAUCGGAGGCCAGGGCACCACGUCGGGGGUCAUCCAUGAGAUCAUCAAGCACAUCGGUUCUGCCAACUAA